UUAUGAGCCUCUACUUUGACGGAGAUGCUUGCCCCAUAUGAUUGCAUUGAAUUGCUGUUUUGUGGUUGGCGGUUAUUGCGUUCAAACUCUAUACUUGACCGUUAAUUGUCUUUGGUAGAAGUUUGGACCCAAAAAUAUGUAAAAAUAGGGCCCAGGUUUAAAAUCCCGACGUUUUUCGUUAAGCGCCUUCAUUAUUUGGCCUGCAAGUAAUACCUAUUUUAUAUUUGUAGUAAUUUUAUAAGCCAAGCCCAUUCAGUUAUAGCAGCCUGUGUAAUGUGUGUAAAUACAUUUUAAGUAAAUAGAUCAAUCAGUCGGGUGUUUGUUGGUGGUGAAGGGGUGUGUAUUGGGGCGUUUCCAAGAACAGAGAGAUUGCCUCAGAGGCUUCAACACUUCUUUUUAUGUUUGCAGAGACAUAUUGACAUUGCCGGUGAUUUCAUGUCGUUUCUAAUUUGAAUCUUCAGGGCAGAAGCCCGGUUUGACUGGUGUGGUGUCUGACAUGCAGGCAGGCUACAGUGUCGCUGAUAAGAAUGUAUUGGCACAGCCUGCCUGGGUCAUGGAUAUACAAACCAGCAUGAAACAUGAGAACUAGCAGGGCGCGGACUUUCCCUGUUAAAUAUUAUACCCCCUCGGUUUCGAAAACGGAUGAACGGAAACCGAAAGCAAUACCGCAACUAAGGUGUAACCCUGCAAUGCUUUUAUAAACAGUCGGGUGCUGACUACAGUAACAGUAGGACUCGUCUCCUGCGUAGGUUAAUAACAAACGCCGCAAAAAAUGACUGUAGAUACGGAUGACAGCCUCAUCUGGCUGAUCAGCGAUUGUUUUCGCAACACAUUACGACGUCUCAUUCGCAUCGAGCCCGUUUUAGAUCACAUUACUUUCUUGGAGAGGGAGCAGAAAGAACGGAUCAUCACCAAGGCGAGAAACGAAUGUAACCAAAGUGCAGUCGAUCUCCUUAUCGACACCAUCGUGAGCAAGGCCCGUCAGCCCGGCUGGUCCCGGGAGUUCGUGCAGGCCCUCUCGUCCGCGGGGUGCUCCUAUGCCGCGCAGAUAGUGGAGACGGAGACGUUGGCCAGUCCGUCGCUGGAGGCCGAGAAUGACUGCUGUGUCCAUCUGAUCACGCUUUUGGGCCCGAGUCUGCUUGACAUGAAGACGACAGACGUGUGUGACGCCUGUUUCCAGGGCAACCUAAUCACGGAUGAGGACCGGCAAAACAUCUUGGCUGAGACAGCCAAUAAAGGGCCUAUAGGGGGCGCUCGCCUUCUCCUGAGCAGAAUCGUCCUCCAGCCCCCGGGAUGGUUCUCCAGGUUCCUGGACGCGCUGAGGAACACGGAGCAUUUCGAUCUGCUCGAGGAACUCACGGGAGUCCGGCGCGGGCUGGAUGAUGAUGCUUCUCCACAGAAGAGUGGCAGCUCCGAUGUGAGUGCUGGAGAGCAGGAGGGAAAGACUGAGGAAGAGGAGGAAGAGGAUGAAGAGGAUGCACGGCCGGAGGAGCAGAGAGACUCUCCUGACCCCGUCUCCCCUGAGGGGUACGGUGGCCCGGAGGCGCCCCUGACGCUGUGGCCGUACCAGCUGAGGGUGGCAGAGCCGGCACUGCGCGGGCAGAACAUCAUCGUGUGUCUGCCCACGGGCUCGGGCAAGACCCGCAUCGCCGUGUACGCCGCCAAACAGCACCUGGACCGCCGUCGCCUGCAGGGGGCGCCAGGGAAGGUCAUGGUCAUCGUCAACAAGGUGUUGUUGGUGGAGCAGCACUUCACCAAAGAGUUUGGCAAGUUUCUGAAGGACGAGUACCGACUGGAGCAGACCAGCGGAUUCUCGCCCAACAAGCAGGCGUUCGCCAACACCGUGGCGGGACAUGAUGUCAUCAUUUGUACCGCUCAGAUCCUGCACAACGCUCUGCUCGACUCGGAGGAUGGGAUCAGCCUCUCAGACAUCACGCUGCUGAUCGUGGACGAGUGCCAUCACACACACAAAGGGGAGGUGUACCAGAAGAUCAUGAUCCACUACCUGACUGACAAGCUGCUGAACAUCAAGAGGAGGAAGGCAGGAAAUGACAUCAAGCCCCUCCCCCAGAUCCUGGGAUUGACAGCUUCCCUGGGAGUGGGAGGAGCCAGCAAGAGGGAGAAAGCACAGGAGCACAUUCUCAGGAUCUGCGCUAAUCUGGACGUGUCUGAAAUAAUGACAGCUCCUCUGGGGGACCACAGCAAAGAUCGAUGCAAACAGAUCAUCAUGGCCAAGAGACGCACACAGGAUCCCUUUGGUGAUGUCAUCCGUCGUGUGAUGACGAGCAUUCAGGAGCAUGCCCAGUUGAGCCCGUCUGUGGGCCUGGGCACCCAGUGCUAUGAGCAGUGGGUCGUGGACAAGGAGAAAGAAGCCGCUCGCGAGGGCGACCAGCGGAAGCGUGUGUGUGCGGAGCACCUCCGUCAGUACAACGAGGCGCUGGUCCAGAGCAACUCCAUCCGCAUGAGCGACGCCUACAGCCUGCUGCGCUCCUUCUACCGCGGGGAGCUCAGGAAGAAGCAGGACGUCACGCAGACCGACACGGAGAAGUUCCUCUUCAGGCAGUUCAACGACAACCACAGGAAGUUGGACGAUUUCUCCAAAGAGCCCGAGUACGAGAACAACGUUCUGUCCGAGCUGCGCGCCGCCAUCCUGAGGAGGUUCUCGGCGGGGGCGGAGGGGGAGGUGCGCGGGAUCAUCUUCACGGAGACGCGCCUCAGCGCCAAGGCCCUGCACAGCUGGAUCCAGGAGAACCGCAAGUUUGAGGACGUGGAGGUGCGCUCCAGCUACCUGAUCGGGGCCGGAGAUCAGAGCGCCGUCAAGCCCAUGACCGCGAGUGAGCAGAAAGACGUCCUCAGGAAGUUUAACACCGGAGAGAUCAACCUGCUCAUCGCCACCACCGUGGCCGAGGAAGGCCUGGACAUCGAGAGGUGCAACGUGGUCAUCAGAUACUGUCUGGUCACCAGCGAGAUCGCCAUGAUUCAGGCGAGAGGGCGAGGGCGGGCCGACGGCAGCAGCUACAUCGUGAUUGGUGUAGAGGGCUCUGGAGUGGCGGAGCGGGAGCGAGUGAACGAGCGCAGAGAGGAGAUGAUGAAGAAGGCCAUCCUGGGCGUACAGCAGAUGGACAAAGCAACCUACCUGAAGAAGGUGAUGGAGUAUCAGAUGGAGGCGAUGAUGGAGAAGAAGCUGCGUGAGAGGAAGAGUGUGGAGCGCGGGAGGAAGAAGGUUCUCCCGUCGGCGGUGAAGUUCCGCUGCCGCGGCUGCCCCGUGCUGGUGUGUGGGGGAGAGGACAUCGAGGUCAUCGAGAACGCCCAUCACGUCAACCUCACCAAGGACUUUGAGUCCAAGUUUAAAGUCAACACCAACCCGUCUCGGAGAGAUAGGACGGCACCCUGUGAGGCGGAGAAGAGCAUCUCAUGCAGAAACUGUGGCCAUUUCUGGGGUCCGGUGAUGUGCCACCGCCAGCUGGACUGCCCGUGCCUGAACAUCCGGGGCUUCGUUGUCCUGCAGGGGGCGACAGAGGAGACGCUGGACUCCUGGACGGACCUGGGCGUCCUCUUCCCCGAGUUCGACUUCUUCUCCCACGCCGAGCAGUUUGUGCUCGGGGCAGAGGAGGAGGAUGCGUGAGUGUGUGUGUGUGUGUGUGUGUGUGUGUGAGUGUGUGUGUGUCUGUGUGUGAG